CCGUGUCCUAUUCUCUCUCCCAUCUUUCUUGCCGUUUCUUCCAUAUUUUUCUUUUUUCUUUCUUUUUUUUACUCGUCGAUUCCCCUCCAAGAAAAUCACGUACCAUAUAUUGCACGUGGGCUCGGGGGGCAUGCAGAAAACAUUAAACUACGAUCUCCCCCAUUCCCCCAUAACCACCCCCCCGUCAGUUAGACACCAUCUUGCUUGCGGCUCUUUUGUGGGGUUGAGGAUUGAGACAGUGAGGUUCUGGUCAGGUAUCUAUCUAUCUUUCUUUUCUUUCGCUCUCGGUCGGUUGGUUGGUUUGGUUCCGGUUCAUGGUAUAUGUGUUUGUUUUGGGUGGGAUUCGGGGCCAAAAAAAAAGAAAAGAAAAAAGAAAACCGGGUAUUAAGGGAUUGAGGGUUUGAAAAAAGGAAAGUCAAGUCUAUGUCGGUCUUGAGUUCAUUUGUUCAUUUUGUCAUGUUAUUUUCAAAAUGAAAAAG